AUGGAUUACAAAAAAAAAGAAUACAACUCUAAGACACUACGCGACUAUGCUACUGAUUUUAUGAAAUAUGACACAAUAUGCACACAAUCAGCUAUGGGAUCUGGCAAAACAAAGAAUUUAAUUAAAUUGCUAGACGAAAUGUACAAAAAUAGAAAAAUUACCAUUGUCUCAUUUCGCAGGUCGUUGUUGAGAGAAUACAGAAAUAUGUUACCAGGUUUCAAAUACUAUACAGAUAUUAAAGAUAAAAAAAUAGACUUGGAUGCUCAUAAAAAAAGACUUAUUCAAGCUGAUUCGCUAUACAGAAUCAGUGGUGAAGUAGACAUGCUGGUCAUGGAUGAAUGUACGUUCACUUUUGAGCACAUUGUCACCUAUGUAAAAAAGUUCAAAUCACAAUGUGUAAGUGCUUUGGAACACUUACUUUCUACAUCAACAAAAGUAUUGGCUAUUGAUGCCUUGUUAAACGAAGAUUAUAGGAAUCUAACUUAUCCUGGGAAAACGUUUAACCGGGAUAUUUCUGAUUAA